AGGCUUGAAGCCCCGUCUCAGAAACUCUCGCUCACAUCAACCCACCCACUUUUUUCUCAUCCACCUCAUUUUCCCUCGGCUCCAACUUGCCAUCUUCCACUCUACUCGUCCCGCCCACCUUCCUUCAGCUCACAUCUUCCCAUUCCAUCUGCAACUCGAUCAUCAAAAUGCCGACCCGCUUCAACAACAACAAAGGCCUCGCGUUGCAAAUCCUCAAGCUCAACGGUCAGCUCGGUAUCCACUUUACGUCCAACGACAACAGCCCCGCCGCCGAUUACACCUUCCAAGAUUCGGAGCUUGAGGACACCGGCGAGAUGAAAGCAGCCCGCCAGAUUGCGUUCGGCCUGUCUCUCCGGUCCCAGGGCCUGGAACUAUAUCUCGAGGAGGCCAACGGCAUUGUUGACUUGAAAUUCGAAGGUGCUAGUGGCGGUUUGCUGUCCGUUGAGCAUGAUGGAAGAGCAUAUGAACAGGGCUUGGAGGCAGUCCAGACAGGCGUCGACUAUAUGGGUUUUGCGCGGGUCAAACAGGAGCCGAAGACUACCCCGGCGGCCGGCAUUACGGAGCCAUCUGACGAUCCUUCCCCGGCUGGCACUCUCGAGGUCUUCACCUCCUUCAACGAGCCCGCCACAGCAUCCACUUCCAACGAAAGCAAAGAGGUCGCCUGCCCAGGUGCUCCCUACCAUGCAUACAAGCACAUCUACCUCGAAGGAUACCGCACGGGCCCUGGCUCCGACUACAACGAAGAAGGCCGUCUGCAUAUCGACCUCUCCCGCCACAAGUUGAUCUGGGAGUCAUGUGACGAGUACGAGGGCGGGACCCGGAUCACGCUUGAAUGCUUCGACCUGCCUGCCUGCGCUGUGGAGAAUCUUCCCCUAAAGAACGCGCACUUCUUCGGUGAUCAUUCUCUAAAGCUGUGCUACGGCGACGGAAGGGCUGAGGUCGCGUUCGCUAUGGACUACUGCGAGAAGGAGUGCAAGGUCUUCGGCAACAAUGUUGGAACGGGCAACGCGAGGUUCUACUUCACCGCUGAGGAUAAGAUCCAGGUCGUGCUGGACGCAGUUCAGGAGUGCCUGGAGGUUAAGAGCGAGGAGGCUAGUUGCCAGAUGGUGUCUUCGAAGUGAUCGUCCUAACUCUCUAGCUUUCAGCUCUGGACUCUUCAAAAGCUUCAUAGCCGUACAAAAGCGGGUUUGGAGUUCGGUUCCUUCAGACCUCAGGGAUCUCUCACUGGGUUCUCCUUCUGGGCGUUUACAUCGCUCGGCGGCGGAAUGGUUCCAUUAGCUAUCUUUCUGCUCCUUUCUCUGAGGAAGCAGGUGGUCGCAUGAGCUCGUCGUCUUGUUUCUCUCUCUUAGCUUCCGCUGGUCUUGCAACAAGUGAG